AUGAUACUAACAAAGGAGAACAGAGAAAUAAAGGCAAAUACUGAUACUAAUAAGAAUGAUGAUAAAACAAUUGCUGCAGAAAUUCAAGCUCAAGACGCAAAGAGAGUGCAAUACAUCACAGGCAUACAACAAAGAGGGAAUAUUGAUCUUCCAUUUCAUUAUAUACCGUUAUAUUGUCUCCAGUGGCGGACGCACGUUGGGACAAGAGGGGUCGCACGACCCCUUGGGAUGCCGGAAAUACGGCUGUGGACUCCAUGUGCGACCCAGAAAACCGACCCUUUGUGUGCACACAAGGUGCUCGGUGAAAGUCUCCUAUGGGUAAUGGAGAGAAAGAAAGUGAUGGGGAGGGAGAGAAGAGAAGAAGAAGAAGAAGAAGAAGAAGAAAGAAAGAAAGGGAAAAAACAAGAAAAAAGAGUGAAGAUAGAUGGGGAUGGAGUGGCGGGGAGGCUGGGAAGAAAGAACGAGAGGAAGAAGAAAGAAAAUUCUAUAUAUACUAAAACCUAA